AUGAUCGAAUCGUCAGCAACCAUCAAGGCACUCCGGCGUAAGCAGCCCUUCCGAAAGCAGCAGUUCAAGCAAGAGAUGGGGCACUCAGCGUCGAAACCAGGUAAGCCAGAUGGAACUGGUCCAGCUACACCAUGUUGGAACUGCGGUUCCAUGCACUAUGCACGGGAUUGCACCUACGGCAAGCACAGGUGCAACGAAUGCGGCCAGUUUGGCCAUCGGGAAGGCUACUGUUCCAGCGCCAGCGUAGUUUCGGAAACGACGUGGAAAGAAAUCGGUCAGCCACCGUUGAAGCCAGCAACGAUAAAUUCGUCUACAGCAUCCGGUCUUAUCGACACAUUCAAUCUGUGGUCGGUCCCAAUAGAGCAUUUCUGCAACCAGGUCAGCAGUUCUCCGUCAAACAUCGACGCCCUCAAGCAAGUUUUUCCCUCGACAUUCUCCAACGCACCGGGGUUGUGCACGAAAGCGAAGGUCCGGUUCAGCCUGAAGGAAGGGCAGACUCCUGUGUUCCGCCCAAAACGGCCAGUCGCCUACGCAAUGUACGACACGGUGAAUCAAGAGCUGGAUCGACUGGAACAAGCAAACAUCAUCACACCAGUUGAGUACUCCGAGUGGGCUGCACCGAUAGUUGUGGUCCGGAAGGCGAGUGGUGCCAUACGAAUCUGCGGUGACUAUUCCACCGGGCUGAACGACGCUCUCCAACCGCAUCAAUAUCCGCUUCCUUUCCCACAGGACAUCUUUGCAAAGCUGGCCAAUUUCAAAAUUUUCAGCCUAAUAGACCUGUCAGACACCUACCUGCAAGAAAUGGAUAAAGCCUCAAGAGAUCUGCUAACAGUAAACACGCAUCGGGGCUUGUACCGCUACAACCGAUUGCCGCCAGGAGUGAAAGCCGAGGUGAAAGCAGCACCUGGAGCGUUUCAACAACUGGGGGACACCAUACUGAUCGGACUCAAGCAUACCUCAGGUUACAUCGAUGACGUGAUUGUAGGAGGAGUGGAUGAAGCGGAUCACCUACGAAACCUGCAAGCAGUUCUUCAGCGCAUUCAAUAA